AUCAAGGAAAUCGGUGAUAACACCAGCGAUUUGGACUGGUCCAUAUCCAGCGUCCACAGAAACUUAGCCGGCGCUGCAGGGACUCGAGUCGAGCGAGCUCACCAGUCAGCACUACUCAAUUGUCACUACUCCCUGCCCUGGUCUAGUAUUCGGCGAUGUGUUACCCAGCAACCGGUGCGACCGGUCGGAAUGGCGACGCCUCAAUCAAAAGACUAAACAGCUGCUAGCGCCGUUGCAACUGGCCGGCCGACUGACGUCAGGCGCCUCGUGCCGACCUGAGGGAGGCCGUCGUCUUCUCAGUAGCCCGCGCCACGUUUCACCAUCGCCACUAUAAAGCAAGUAGCCUUCUCCUCCCUCCCGCCCCCCAGCUCAACUUUUUUUUCCUUCGAGCCAUCCGCACCCAGCUCCACUUCAGAAUCCAAGCUCCACCGCCACCUUUCCGCUGCCACUGCCCGCCGCACUGCGCGUGGGGAGGCCGUUGCCGCCGCGGCGUGCCGAUGGCGAGGUCGAGGAGGACGCCGGCGGGGGAGGAGGACGCGGAGAAGGAGUACGAGGUGGACGUGGAGCCCGACCGGUGGAAGUCGUCGUCGUCGCGGAACAGCCGGCUCGAGCUCAUGGGCCGCCUCCCCCCGCUCCGCCGCCUAAGCCGCAUCCCGGGAGCCGCAGACGCCGACGCCGGGGGCGGGUUCCUCCGCGGCCUCGUCAUCCACCCCGACAACAAGUUGUACCGGUCAUGGACUAGGUUCAUAGUGGGUUGGGCAGUGUACAGUUCCUUCCUUACACCCUUCGAAUUUGGAUUCUUCAGGGGACUCCCUAAGAAAUUGUUCUUCUUGGACAUAGUUGGUCAGAUUGCCUUCCUUGUUGAUAUUGUCCUGAAGUUUCUUGUGGCCUACCGUGACCCUGACACAUACCGCAUCGUAUACAAUCCAAACUCUAUAGCCCUCCGGUAUUGCAAAUCAAGCUUCAUUUUUGAUCUCCUUGGUUGCUUUCCAUGGGAUGCUAUCUACAAGGCUUCUGGCCAUAAAGAAGAACUGAGAUACCUACUAUGGAUUCGCUUAACACGAGUGCUGAAGGUCAGGGAAUUCUUCACAGAAUUGGAAAAGGACAUCCGUGUGAAUUACCUGUUCACAAGAAUAGUAAAACUCAUAGUUGUGGAGCUCUAUUGUACACACACAGCAGCUUGUAUCUUCUAUUACCUGGCAACAACACUUCCUGAAUCAAUGGAGGGAUAUACAUGGAUCGGGAGCUUGCAGCUAGGAGACUAUAGCUAUUCCCAUUUCAGGGAGAUUGAUCUUGCCACGCGUUAUGUUACAUCAAUGUACUUUGCCAUUGUCACCAUGGCAACUGUUGGCUACGGUGACAUUCAUGCUAUAAAUGUUAGGGAAAUGAUAUUUGUCAUGAUUUAUGUUUCCUUUGAUAUGGUUCUUGGUGCUUACCUUAUCGGUAACAUGACUGCAAUGAUUGUGAAAGGCUCGGCAACCGAGCGAUUCAGGGAUAAAAUGAAAGAAGUUAUCAGGUAUAUGAACAGAAAUAGACUUGGAAAGGACAUCAGAGAACAGAUCAAGGGGCAUUUGAGGUUGCAGUAUGAGAGCAGCUGCACUGAAGCCUCUGUACUUCGGGACAUUCCUGUUUCUAUUCGUGCAAAGAUUUCUCAAACACUGUACAUGCCAUACAUUGAAAGGACUCCAUUGUUCAAAGGAUGUUCGGAAGAAUUCCUUCAACAGAUUGUGAUUAGGCUGCAAGAAGAGUUCUUCUUACCAGAAGAAGUUAUUUUGGAGCAAGGGAGUGCGGUUGACCAGUUAUACUUUGUCUGUCAGGGUGCACUGGAAGGUGCUGCCGUUGGCGAAGAUGGUCAAGAGACUAUUCUUAUGUUGGAGCAAGGGAAUUCUUUUGGAGAAAUUGCUAUUCUCUGCAACAUUCCACAGCCCUACACUGUUCGUGUUUGCGAACUUUGCAGGCUCUUACGGUUGGAUAAAGAAUCCUUCGCGCACAUAUUGGAGAUUUAUUUCACUGAUGGAAGAAAACUUUUGAGCAAUCUUACCGAGAGCGAUGAAUACGGCAAACGGGUUAAACACAUAGAAUCAGAUAUCACUUUCCAUAUAGGAAAGCAAGAGGAAGAGCUUACCUUAAGAGUUAAUAACGCCGCUUUUUAUGGCGACCUUCAUCAGUUGACUGGCUUAAUCCGGGCUGGAGCCAAUCCAAAGAAUAGUGAUUAUGAUAGGCGGUCUCCUUUGCAUCUUGCAGCUUCCAGAGGGUAUGAAGAUAUUGUGCAGUUCCUUAUCCAUCAAGGGGCUGAUAUCAAUCUGACUGCAGAUAAAUUUGGGAACACGCCCUUACUAGAGGCGGUGAGGCAGGGGCAUGAUAGAGUGGCCACAUUACUCUUCAGCAAAGGAGCCAAGCUGAACCUCGAGAAUGCCGGUAGCCAUCUCUGCAUAGCAGUAUCGAAGGGAGACUCUGAUUUCAUUCGGGGGGCUCUAGCUUAUGGUGCUGACCCAAACUCGAAAGACUACGACCACCGCAAUCCUCUCCACAUAGCCGCUGCAGAGGGCUUGUAUAUUAUGGCGAAGUUGCUGGUAGAAGCUGGCGCAAGUGUGCUUGCAACAGACAGACGCGGUACUACUCCUCUGGAUGAAGGACACAAGUCCGGGAGUAAGCCACUUAUAAUGCUGCUUGAACAGGCGAAAGCCGACGAGCUCUCCAAGUUCCCCACACGAGGCGAAGAAGUGAGAGAUAAGAUGCAUACACGACGAUGCUCCGUGUUCCCUUACCAUCCAUGGGAUACUGAUGCCAAGCGAAAGGAGGGGGUGAUGUUGUGGAUUCCUCACACUAUCAAUGAACUCAUCGGGUCAGCCCAGGAGAAGCUGGGUUUGUCCAGCUCAUGCAUGCGCUUGCUCUGUCAGGAUGGCGCGACGGUCCAGGAUGUGGACAUGGUCAAUGACGGGCAGAAGCUCUAUCUGGUUGGAGACAAGGACAUGGGUGACAGCGAGUAGAAGGUGCACCAAUCGCUGAAAUAAGAAUAAUCAUAUUGUGUUGCAUCAAAAUUUGUUGUUGUUUUUUGGGUCAGGUAUUUCUGAAAGAGUAGCCUAUUUCCCCCCUACCUUUUCUGGUAUGCUGGCUGGGUGCUGUGCUGUACAUAGAUAUAUAAGCAAGGGAAUGGCUGGACUGAUUCUCGAUGUUGUACAAAUUAUAGUUGAAUGGAAAUAAAAUGUGUAGCUGAAAUGAAUUGCGCA